AUGGAAGUUGAAAGAACCAUGGAUAACUCUGCUGAAAAAAGGAAUGGUUUUUCGAUCUCAAGUAUUAUGGGAUUUCAAAAGAAAAAUGUCGAGCAAAGUCGUACUGACUCAAGUAAUGAGCGCUUGAAUGAAAAACUGGACAACGAUAACCACAGCUCGAAACAAACGACAACUUUAAAAUCAAGCGAGAAAGUCAAGAAAGUGAAACGAUUAUCAAACGACAUCGACAGUAAAAGAUACCGAGCAACCUUCGACAAGGCGCAGAUCUUUCACAUGGAGAGAGUGUUCCUCAUUAAUCAUUAUCCGGAUGUCUCAGCUCGUUCUGAACUUUCUAAAGCUACUGGACUUUCAGAAUCACAAGUUCAGAUCUGGUUCCAGAACCGUCGCGCAAAAUGGCGUAAACAACAGCGCAAGCGCCGACAAGACAUUCCUCCAAUCUUCGGCUUGGGUUACCCAACACACCUUGCGCGCCUGUACCCAGGAUACGACCCCUAUGCUAUGUUUCCCUACGAGUACUACAACACAGACUUCUGGACAUGCGCACAACAACAAAUAGCUGCCAUACACUAUAAUGGCUUCCCACCACCACCACCGCAUACCACAUGUAUUUCAAGCCCGUCACGAAGCCUAGGGUCCAGUUCUCCAGUCAGUUCCCCAGUCUCUUCACCUGGUUCUCCAACAAACCUGGACGUUGGUAGUUCCCAGUCCCAGGAAGUAAGUCCCGUUUCUAAAUCUGAUAAAGAAGCCUUAGAGAUACGAAAUGACUCGAGUCUACUCUCUCUGAGAGUCAAAGCAAAAGAACAUUUGGCUGCCUUGGAAACGAGAGUGACGUCAUAAAAUGAUUAGCAACCAAAUACAG